AGUAACAGACCCUUCUAAUUUAAUACUUUUAAUUUUUAGGUGCAAUUAUGAAGAGUUUUUUCCUAGUUUUGAAUAUCCUGGCAUUCAUCUUGCCUUUUUUGGGUGCAGAGGUGCAAAACCAGAAACAACCAACAUGCCGUGAGACUGAUAGAAGAUUGUUUGAUCAAAGCACAGUCAAAUAUAUUCCAAUUCAUUAUGCGUGGAAGAGUUAUCCUCGCAUUGCACCCAAUUACUACCAAUAUAGACCAGCUGUACCAAUUAAUAACCAAUAUAUGCCUUACCCAUAUUAUACAAAACCAGUUUUAAUUAGGCCACAUGCCCAAAUUCCUCAAUGGCAAGCCCUGCCAAAUAUCUACCCACCCACUCUGGUACGUCACCCAUACCUACAUCCAUCACUUAUUUCCAUUCCCCCAAAGAAAAAUCAGGAUAAGGCAGAUAUCCCUACUGACAAUACCAUUGCUGCUGUUGAGCCAAUACUUAUUCCACCCAGUGAACCAACAGUGAGCACUGUGGCUACUCAGGAAGCUUCCUCACAAAUCAUCACAAACACACCUGAGACCACCACAGUCACAAUUACUUCACCUACCUCCGUGGUCUAA